AUGUCGGGACCUUCUUCUCGACCUGCCUGGUCAAACCGACACUAUCCUCAGCUGCCUGCCACAUUCGUGCGUACGAUUCCUCCUGUCGAACGAGGCAAUGCCCUGCUCGGAACGGGCCGACAACCCGCUGCGCGUUCGGCGCACCAGCAGAACCUCGAGGCACUCAGCAGGGGCAACUCUGCCACGAAAAAGGCAAAGAGCUCGACCAUCAAUCCCGAGGUGAAGAUGCAGCGGCUCGAUCUACCCAACGGCAGGCAAAUCAGGAUUGCCCGAAUGAAGAUGCCAACGCCGAGAGAUGGCACCAUCCAUCUGAUCAAGCGACUCGAUACAGAUUCCAUCUCUGCCACAACCUUCUUCCGCGCAGCCUUCCCCACCGCUACCGAUGAUGAGCUCAGGAACGAGGCAUGCUACCUCGCAUCCAUCUACAACACGGAAGCAUAUGGUCUCGUCGGUCACGAGGAUGCCCUGGCAGGCGUGUGGAUUCCUGCGUGGGCAGCCAGAGACGUCGCAAACUUCUAUGGCCUUGGACCGCAGGUCAACAACCUUAUCACAUUUUAUCCGCCUGGCUGGCAAGGUCCGAUACACCGCAUUGACUCCACCACGCAAUUGCCGAUCCCUGCUGGCACUCCGAGAGAUGCACCGCCGCCUACGAGCUCUCCCAACACGAGCACGUCUACGCCUUCUCGCUCUGCUCUCAGGAAGACGACGACGAUCAAGCUUCCUGUCACGAGCAAUCUGGCCGGAGGUCAACUUGAGCUAGAGAGCAGCGAGGCCGGCGGAUCCCCAGCUCCUUCAUCCUCGCCCGUACCUCAAACCGCAGCACCUCAGGGGAUUCUGUCAAGGAUGAACGACGAUGGCAAGGCAGGUACGCCCAAGUCUGCCCGUACAGUGCGCAUCCUCUCGCCUCCCGCUACGACGCGCUCGGCCACGCGAGCUCAAGAGAAUGCUCAGGAAGCUCCCUCACCUAUCCCCGUCCUGCGCUUAUCGCCCGCGUCCGACACCACAUCCAGCGCCAGCUUGUCCGGACCGCUAGCCCGUCCUGAGCUUCAGAGGGAUGCGUUCACAUCGUCAACUAUCGCACCUCCACCAAGCUCAAUACCGGCAAGUGUUCCGGUGCCGUCGAAAGCGCUUCAGAGCAGCGAUGUCAGUGUCGCCAAUGUGAUUCAUCCCACUCGUCGUCUACGAUCACAGUCGCCUCAACAGUCUGCCGCAGCUCCUGCACAGUCGUUCGCUGGCGCGAUGGCUACACUUUCGCCUGCAUCGGCCGUCAGAUCAGCAGCAGCAACGUCUGAAACGCUCGUCCCGACGAAUGCAGCUCCGUCAGUACCCGAUGAGACGCUCGUAGCAGGGGACGACAAUCUUUCGCGCGCAGAUACGCCUCGCCGAGAUGUGCGCCCAGACGAUGUGCAAGUCUAUUACAAGACCAUUCCCGAUCCAAGCGGCAAUGGGUUCAAAAUUGCCACACGUCUCGGCCUAUCGCCCAGUGCAUCUCUGACUGACUUCGGUCAAGCGCCACCAGACGAAAGUGACCAACCGAGACCGUCGAAGAUUGCACGCAAAACUAGCCUGCUUGGUGCCGAGGAAUUUGCUCAGAUCGGAUCGGCCGAGCGCGUUGAGCUGGAAGCAGCCAAAGCGAAAGAACUUGUUGCACAGCUCAAGAAGGAGGGAAAGUUCAACCAAAUCCCGUCCCGCAAACGAGACGCCAUCGAAGCAGUCCUGGACCCGGACUACAAGCCCCAGACGGAAGAGAUCAUGGUCGCAAGUCGGCCGAAAAGCAGAGGCGGCCUCUUCUCCUUCUUGCUCGGCCAGCGUCGUCCUCCUCGCAUCCGUGCAACAACGGUCAGACGCGUUUCUGUCGGUUCUACGGCCAGCGCAAAUAUCAGCUCGCGUCCGAUGAAGAAGCUGCCGCGUUCGGCAUCGACAGCUUCGCGUUCGAGAAGCACCUCUACGGACGAACAGGAGAUGGAAGGCGUACAGCAGACAGUGCAGAUCAUCGAAGCACCUCUGCCGGUUCGUCAGUCGACGGGCAACUUCUUCGCCCUCGCGGGAGUGUUUGCCCUUGGAGCAGCUUCGUGCGUCUGUGUCUAUCCUGCCUCGUACGCUACUAACAGGCGAGCCGACAGAGUCGCUGUUCCUUACAUCUUGUGA